GGGAGCAGUCAGCUGCAGCUCUGUAUAAGCCUCCUGAAGGAUCAUUUUUAAAGAUGCUGGAAUCCAGCGAUGUGGAGAGCCCUGAGCUGUAUGAAGCUGGAACAAGCACGGCUUUGUUCAACACUCCCAGCACUGAACAACCUGUACCUUUUGGCACUGAGGCUGUGAUGGAAGCAGGAACCUGCUUUGGCUCUCCUGUGCUUGGAGAAACAGUGCUCAGGGCUGCUGCCAGCACCUGGCAAGGGAGCUUUGUCCUGCACUCCUAUGGGUCCCAUCCCUUCAUGAAUUAUUGGCCACCCAUGUGUUGGGACCCUUACAGCACCAGAGGAGUCUCUGGCCCUGUGUGGACCUCAGGUGUAGAAGGUAUCACAGUUCCCUUGAGCACAGUCCCUCAAGGUGGCUGUGUUGAAGCCAGCUCAGAAAGAAUCAUUCAGCAGUCAGAUUUACAGGAUGAAAGCUUAACCCUUAGAGGAGGACAGCUAGUGACCCUGGAAUCUGUUCCCCACAGUUCCUCUCAGACUGUGUUUGACAACCCUCAUUACCCAUCUGUUCCUGCACCGUGUGUGGAAGAAAGCCAAGCCUCGGGACAAAGCCAGGUCCUGGAGGGUCCAGUUGUUGGCUCACUAAUGGACGACAGGUACCAGGCAGCGUGCCUGCUCUGCGAAUUUUCUGCCAGUGCAUGGAUGUGACCUGCCUGCAGAUACACUCCACGUGUCUGUGCUUCCUGGGAAACACCCCAUUGCUUCCUUUGCUGGAGUCUGACAGGGAGUUAAACAGAGUGAGGGAGAAAGAUAGAGGUGUUUUCAAUGGUUACCAAGUUUGGAUUAGUUACAGUUUUAUUAAGAAUUUUGCAAAGGAUAGAAGAAAGCAAAGAUGCAUUGUGGACUGUAGGUUUUUCCUGGAGCUGUCUGAAGCUGCACUGUAGAUGUUAAAAUUAUCAAGGCACUGGUUCUGUGGCACUAACAUAGAUCUAAUCAUAGCACUGGCCAGAUCCGAGUCCUUGGUUGCUUUACGUAGUUAAAUAAAGCACCUGUGCUCAAAGGAGGAAAAUUUGGUUACGUUGCCCUGCUGUGGAUAUUGGAUAAUCUUUUCUCAGGCUUGGAAAAUAAGGUGUCAACUAAGUGCUGGUAAAAUACUGCUAUUUCUUAUCCCUGCCUUCCCAUUGUACUGCAGGGUGUAGCUUCUGGAGCGCUCCAUACCCUGUAGUGCCACAGGCGACACAAACUGAGCAAAGCAGAA